GUCAUGUGUGGGAGGAGCGAGGGAGACCGGACUUUUUUUAUAUAGAGGAGUGCUGAGCGCGGCGAAGACACAGGAGGGAGUGAUCGGAGAGAACACACUGCGUACAAGACAUCGCACACAAUAGUCACCCUCCGCUCCGCUCCUGGACAUUAUCACUGGACUACCCGAUCUCCGACACACAGCACUCUCUACAACAACUGGAUCCUGCAAUGGCUUACUUGUGUUUGAUUCUUAUCGUUAUAUGUUUUGCCACAUGUGCCCAGGCUGAAAAGAAGUGUUUAUCUCCUAUUACAGAUGAACAUCUAAAUUACCUGGAUGAGAUGAUUGAUGCCCAGUUAAAAACUUCUUGCUCUGUCAAAAUGAAAUUAAUGGACAACAAAAUAGUGGGAGACUAUUGCUACAAGAGAGGAGUAAUCAGUCAGCUUUACACUCUUUUGGAAAAACUUGAAUUUAAACCAAAUUCACAAUAUUAUAAUUAUACUAAGAGGCUAAAUGACCUAUACGAUCAAAGAUUUCAGGACUGUAUAGAUGAGAAUGAUGACCUAAGACAGGAAGACCUAGAACCCUGUUCACGUUACAUUGAUUUGAACCCUGUCCAGCUUUUGGAAAGAAUAAAAAUUUCAUUUGUGAUAUUUCGAGAUUUUAACUCAAAUUCUGAAUCUGAAGUUACCUGUUAUGGGAAGUAUCAAAUGUGUGAGGAAGAAUAUGACCAUUCGGCAAAAGGUCCUCAGUGUGCUUGUCCUUCCCCAACAACACCCAUUCAUUCUGCUACAUCUACUCAGAAAUCCCUAAGCAACUUGUCAGAAAUUAAGAGCAGCCCACAUGCAUCCAUCAUCCCCUUCAAUACAGUUUCCAUUACAGAGUAUACGAGUGGCACUGAUUUACAAAAUCCUCAACAGAGCUCCUCAGAGAGUAUAGAACUGUCAUCAGUCAUCUUAACAAGUACACCAACUGCAGUACAGACUUUAACCACCAUCCCGGAUCACUUGCAUGCUGCCACCACAGAUCGUCUGGUCUCAGGACCAGAGUCUCCACUUACCAAAAUGGACAUUUCAUUCAGUGGCAUGGAAUUUACUAAUGGUAUCACUGAAUCAGCAUACACCAUGAGUUUUUCUCAAACUAGGACAUAUCCUGAGAAUUUCAACAUGGCAAGUUUAAAUAUUGAUGGCGCACAUGCUGAAACAUUGUCUACUACUAACACAGUUCUGGACAAAGAUUUUUCUCAGCAAACAGGAGAAUUAACUUCUGUCACAGAACCGGUUGUUGGUGAGUUAGUGGAAACUACAGAACUCAAUAUCGUUUCACAGAGUUCGGUGUCAAACUUUCAGAAAUAUUCUGAGCCCAGCACGGAGCCCACCAUAGAGUCAUCAUCAUCAAGCACUGUAACCAAAGUGCGACGCUCUGUUGAAAAAGUGGAUAAGACUUUAAAGGUAUAUGUAUCAUCAACACAUCCUCAACUAGUUCUGACGAGUGAUGACCGUACUUCAACGCUGCUUCAACUAACCUCAAGCAUCCCUCCUACCAUUAAAUCUCUUCAAACUAUGGAACAGGAAAAUGAGAUCAGAGACCUUGGCUGGGCUGCCUCUUACAUUUUCCCUUCUGUGGUAACAACUAAGCCUGCCAGCUCUGAUACUAAAAUGUCUUCCCCUGUCUCUGGAGUCCAGUCAUUACCUUCAGAGGCUUCUUUACAUCCAAAGUUAAUGGCACAUGAGGGAGGGUACACAUACAACAAUAAUCAGCAGCUAGAGCAAAAUGUAGCUGCUUUUAUAUCUGAGGACAGGGCAAAUAGAGGUGCUGGUCCUGUUCAUGGCUCUAAUCCACUCCCUAUCCUUGAAACAGAACAGCGUCACAAUGGAAGACAGAACGGCAACUUAUUCCUGGUCAUGAUUCCAAGCAUUCUGGCAAUAUUGUUUCUGUGUGGACUUCUGUAUUCCGUCUAUCGCUAUCGGCGUCUAAUACGACAGCUGAAUAGAGAACAAGUACAAGAGUUGCAUGAAAUGAGGCCCCUUGCACCUGCAGUGUGAACCUGAAAAUGUUUAGGUAUAAAUGUAGAGAGGACAGAUCUGACUGUUCAGGGAAGGAUUUCCUAAAGGUUGUUCACCGCCAGAGCUCGUUCUGUCCAGAUUGCACAUGAGGAGUGAACUUGCAAAUCCCUGUUGCCAUGUGGUAUAUAAUGCUGUGGUUGUCUCGUCGUCUAUGAGGUUAAAAUAUGUAAAGCAGACGCACCCUGCUUCACACAAAGCCUAAGGCAGCCUUUCUUCCUGUGACAGGCUUACAGCUAAGAAAUAACCUUCGGCUGAGGGAACUACCAUUCUCCUGUCAAUAGGAUCUGCUAUGCAGUUGUGUAUAUUUUAUUGGUAAACCUUUCCUGUUGACAUGCUGUGUUUAUUGUGAAAAGCUUCACAUAGGAAUUAUUUGGAAAAGUAAGACUGUAUCAUGUAAACUAAUGUUUCUGAUGCAUGUUAUGUAUAUAGCAGAGAGUUUACCCAAGAAAUACUAUUGAGGCCCACCAUGCUGGUCAUAUUUCUGUAAAUACCAAACUUUUGUGUAAUUUGAGAAGAAGCAGGUUGCUCAGACAAAAAAAUUGGAUGAUACCAAAUAACAGGUUUUAUAACCUGUAACUGAAAUCAUUAAAGCAGAAGGAAUUAUGUUUUUUUAAGAUGCACAAAAGAAGGUUUUGAUAGGAUAUAUGUAAUAUAUUUGUGGUUUUAU